AUGGUCACCACCACAAGCACCACAAGAUGCACCACCACCACCGUGAAGAUGGCUCUGAUGACAAUUCGGGUAUCAUUGGCAACACGGACUCUGCUCAAGAGCUCCUCAAGACGGUCUCAGAAGACAAUCAAAUGCUCUCUCGCUCCACACGUGCUCCGGAUGCGGAUGUUCAAGGUGUCAAGAGGCGACUCUGUGGAAGAAAAGCAACCAUCUUCGUGUUUGAUGUCUGCGGAAAUGCCUGUCAAUCCACAACGCACUGUUGCCAAGAGAAAUGCAAUUCGGACGAAAUUAAGAUCCAUUGCUGCCCCACCACCCACAACGCCUGAACACUCCUCUCCUCCAAUCAACUUCUCCUCCUGCUCCUCCUCCUCCUCCUUCUCCUACACGACGACUCCACACAGUGGACUCCGCCCUCCCAGCUCUCUUUAA